AUGUCGAUCCGCAACACCUGGAACCGCAUGCUGCGGAGGACAUCCACAGGCUCAACGACAUCAAGCUCCUCGGGCUCAGACACAGCCAUCACACCGGCCUCGACAGCACCAUCGUCGCCGGGCUGGGGCCCCAGCGCGACGUUCUCGUGGCUGGUCCCGACCAGCAGCAAGAUCAGCAGCGGCUCGCCCUCGCCGACGUCAGGACCGGCGGUCGCGACACAGCCUCUUCCGCACAGCAAGAGCGACAAGGAGAAGAAGAAGUCGAAAAAGUACUACUCGUCGUCAUCCUCGGGCAACAAGAAGCGGGUGCACCCCUCUGAGAGGCCGCUCACCAAGGAGAACCUUCGGCACCAGGAGCUGUUUGCCAACUUCAGCUUUGGGGAGCCCGACGGCAGCAGCAGGGGAUUCGGCUCGCGACACUCCUACGACAGUGGAAUCAGCCCUUGCAACUCAAGGCGGAACAGCUUUGCGUGA